ACUUCCUAGACCUAGCCUGGGAUGGUGGCGUUGGGAUCUAUUUUUUGGCGUCUUUGCUUAGCUUGUCAAUAGUUUGGAUAAAAUAGAUUGAUUAGUUGUAAAAAAUAAAAAUAACUAUUUUUUUACAUUUUAUUAAGAUUUUUUAUGAAGUUUUUAUAGUUUGUGAAGUGUUUUUUACUGUGUAAGAAUUUUUGUUUAUGGAAUAUUACUCCGCAGUCAAUUUACCGCCAUUCGACUCUUCGUUCAGCCAUGUUUGCUGGUUUCUAGUCGAGCUUUGAGGUGAUUCACCAUCGCCAGUUGAGAUGUUUGGACAUUUUAUGUUAGCACACCAACUCCAGUUCUUCUAGACUGCAACUUGAAUUGCUUCAAUUCUGUUCAAUUAGCUGAUUAUUCAUAUUUGAUGACAAUCCGUUGGCUCAUCUGUGCUGAAGGGCACUAAUUAUAUCUUUAUUUAAUAAAUAAGAUCGUAGCAACUACACCAUGUCUUCAUACAUGCCACCGAAACAGCAGCGCAACAACAAGUGUGUUAAGAGCAUCAGUGAGCCUUCCAGUAAUGGUUCUUCACCCCCCGCCUCAGUCAAUUUAACUAAUGGAAAUAACAUGAGUCAAGUUGUCAACAAUAAUAAUCUGAAUAAUAAUAACAAUAAUGCGCCGAAGUAUGGUACAUUAGUUCCGAAUCGAGUAUUUGUUGGUGGCAUAUCGUCCACCACGACUGAAACAGAAUUGUGCCAACUAUUUUCCAAGUAUGGAAACGUUAAAGCCACCAAAAUCAUAGCUGAUCGUGCGGGGGUGUCGAAAGGCUAUGGUUUUGUUACUUUUGAAACUGAUGAAGAAGCCAAGCGUCUGCAAUCAGAUGCUGAUAAUAUUAUGCUUAAAGAAAGAAGAUUGAACAUUGCUCCCGCAAUUAUAAAACAGGCGUUCCCACAAAGAGUUUUUGAGGCAACUGCGUCGCCGCCCCCCAUGCCGACGCAGAUUUAUAUGUCCAAUAAUGGUAUCCCAUAUCAUUUCAAAAAUGGGACAGCAUUUUUCCAGGCUCCCCAAAUGCAGGCAGCACCCAUGCCAGUCGCACCCGAAAUGUACCCAGGCGCAGCUUACAUGCCUGCACAAGCGCCUCAGGCCUAUGCACCCUUAAUGUAUCCAAACCAGCCGGUAUACAUUAAUCAGUAUCCCCACCAUUACCAGCCUUUGCCGAUGCAGAAUCCCAUCAUGUAUUCGCAACAAAUUGCUUCUUUAAACAACGGCACGGAAUCCCAAUCGCCGAUAUCCAUGUCUCCACAUGGCACCCCUCAAUAUUUUGUGCCGCCCCCGGCAGCCGGCGAGUACUACAUGCCUCCAGUCCCCGCCGGCCAAUAUCCUCCCUAUGGCCCCCCUCCUGUCAUGGUGGCCACAAUUCCCGAGCAGCCAGCGCUGCAAUACUGCACUGAUGCCCCCACCCCCGCCCCCGCCGCCGUCGAUCAACCGUCCACCUAUGCUCCCGCUGAGGUGUCACCUGAGCAAAUUGUGGAGGAAGACGCUGCUCCUCAGGAGCACCAAGAGCAGCAGGCCACCGACGCGCCCGCCGAAACACCUGUGGUUUCGUUAAGAAACCUUGAAAAGGUUGAAGAUGGUGGGCCUACGAACCACCGUAGCGGCUAUCGUAACACUAAUCGAAGGGGGGGCUAUAGAGGUGGCGGUCCACGCCAUCAACUUGCAAAUACGGUACCAAAGUACCCUUUUGCAAACAAUAAUAGUCCUAUGACAUGUAAUAAAAAUAAUAUUAACGAAACUCCGAGGGGUGGGUUUAGGGGAGGUCGAGGUGCAUACCACCGGUUUAGUCAGAACGGUGGGAGGCGGGCCAACACCCGCUCCCAGACUCCGUCGCCCAGUAAUACAUACCCUAAUCAAGUGAGUUCGCCCAAUCCGCAGGUACAACAGCAGCAGCACCAGCACCAGCAGCCACAACAGCAAUAUAGAAGCAUGCAGCAGCUGCAUGUGCAGCCCUAUAUGCAGGUGCAGCCGAUGCAGGUACAGGCGCAGAGCGGGGCAAAUGCCCCUCAGCCGCGUCGCUACCAAAAUGGUGGCCGACGUAGCCACACUAACAACAGCAACAACGCGCAUCAUACGCAUGCGCGCAAAAGGGAAAGUGUGUUGUUGGACAAUGGAGCUGCCGGGGACGGGUGCAACCAGCACGCCCCCCCUUCCACCCUGCCGCCCACCAAAGAUGAGCAGGAACUUUGCUUGUCUCUGAAGAAUUUAAAUGUGCAAUAAUGUUUCACAAAUUACUCAAAGUACCGUUACCAAAGUACUUAAAAACUAGUUGUUGUAAGAAAACAAUAAAUAAUCUUACGGUUUCUACAUAAAUUUCUUGGUGGCUGUUGUUGAAGUGGCGAAAAUAAGUGUAUUGAUCCAUUGUUGAAUGCAAUGUCCUGAAAGAGUCGCAACCACUCGUAAAUUGGAUGAAAUUACAAGAAACUAGUAUUUUUUAAAUCUAGUUCAGAGGAAUUUGUUGCUCUUUAUUAAUAAUUCAUGUUUAUGUCGAUUAAGGUACAUUUAUUUUGGAAAUUUGGUCAAGUAUAUCUUCCCUACAAUUCAAUGAGUUUUUCCAAACUCAUUUUAUAUAUAUAUUUCUUUUUUGUGGCUCUGAUUAUGGUAAUUUUAUUUACUGUAACUUUUGAUUAGGACUCACAUACAAAAAAUGUGGUCAACAGAGAUGAAGUGAGGAUAAGAAGAAAAAAUGUGCUUUAAAAAGUGUUUAAUUCAAACUUGCAAAGCAAUAUUAAUUUUGAACACUUUGACUACCGACUAUCCUUAAUAACAUUUGCUGCAGAUAGGCUAAUUUUCAUUUCAAGUUACAUAACUUGAGGUUGUGCAAAGGCGAAAAAACUUUCCACUGGUGAUAUUUUUCAAAGUUUUCGAUUUUUAUACUAUCAAGCUAUCAAAAUGAAAAAGUUUUCUCAGGAAAACAUUUUUUUUCCGAGUGCCUAAAGUUGAUUUUUUGGGACAGACCAUUUCAAAUUUGAUUAGAGAUAAAUCCAUCAAAUUUUGAGGAUGAAUUCUUCAUGGUAUUGUUACAAUGAAGAAUUUAUCCUUAGAGUUUCAUGAAUUUAUCUCUUAACGAAUUUGAAAUGAUCAGUCCCACAAAUUAAAACUUUAUAUGCUCAUAUUGCAUCAAAAAGUAAUGAUCGGAAAAAUGUUUUCCUGUGAGAAUUUUUUCAUAUCUUGAUAGUAUACGAAUCUAAAACCUUAGAAAUAUCACCAGUAGAAAGUUUUUUCUAGCCGAAGGCUGUGCACCUUAAUUGGAUACAUCUUUCUAGCUUUUGGGUCAUUAAAAAUGUUAUAUACGCCGAAACUGGUUUCUUGUUGAAUCCAUUAACAAGUGGUUAUGACAAGCAAGACUUGAUUCAACAAGGAUAUCUUUAUCACUAUUGAAAGUGGUAAAUUUAUCAUCACUACAAAAUGUGUUCGUGCUGAAGUUAGUUGUUUAAAAGUUGCUGAAGUUGUUAUAAGUCUGAUUACAUUUUUUGAAUAGUAUACAGUAGCUUCCAAAUCACACUCGUUACAAUAGCACAUGGGCUGCUUUUUGUUAAUAAGUAAGAAUAAAUUUAUCACUCAUAAAUCUUAGCUGGGCAAGACUUGGUUUCCUAGCAACCAAGUACUGUACUUGAUCGUUUCUAGACAACAAUGUCUAGGUUUCAUCCUGAAAAUUGAAAGAAUUUAGUCCUUAAUAUCAAUAUUGUCAACGCCAAAUUCAGUAAAUUGAAUUCGUUGGCUUGUUUCAAAAAAUUAGUUCUCAUCAAUAAAUCAUUCAUUAACAUAUUGAUCAUUUUUAAACGACUGAAUCUUGAAAGCUAGGCUAGAUGUGGCCUAAAUAUAUAAGUGAAUUGUUAUUUUUUAACAGGAAUUGCUCAAGUAUACAGUUGUUAAUUCAUUUCCUUGUUAGUCUAGUUUCUGUAAGUAGUAUCUGGUAAAUUAGACGAAAUUUAGAUUAUCCAAGUUAGAAAUUUGUUUAAAUAUAUAUCUACUGUUAGAGUUUGUAUAUACGAUAUACAUUCGUCAAUGUAUUUGUGUAAAUUGUUUUUCAUGUUGAACUCACAUGUAACUGAAGUAGACAUCUUAUUUUCCCACUCUUAUUACAACAAUGCAUUUUUUUACAUUUGUACUCCAUGUUUCAAUAUUUUGUUGAUUUGAAAACAUUUCAUUUUUCGAUCUGGGAAAUGUAUAGUCAUUCUCUAGUUGAUCUCUCAUUCAUUAAUAAUCUAUUAUUUAUAAAAAAAAACCAAAGGUAACUUAGCCAGUAUUAUGUAGUUUAAUUAAGUAGUAAUUUCAGUUUUUCAUUUCGUAAAAAUUAUAGUUCCUAAAUUUAUUGUAUUUUCCCCCACAUGAUUAUUCUUUCUGGAUCUUUAUUUAAUUUUUAUUCACUCUUCAGUUUGAAUAAUGAGAUGUUGAACUCAGGUACAAAUACCUAGUCAUGUAUAAAAUAUUUGUAGCUGUGAGAAUGUUAGAUUGCGGAAAUAGUUUGUUAAUAUGUAUUGUUGAAAUUGAUAAAAAUGUGAAUAAUUAUUAGUUGUAAAGUAAUUGUGGGAGGAUUUAUAAUCUCAUCAUAAAUACCACUUCAGUAUUCACUGAAAUUUGUUCGUUAAUUCGAUUUUUGUUAAGAUGAUGCUUGUAAUGAUCCGAAUUCAUUUCUUUUCUCCAAAUCACAUUCAUUUCUGUUACCAUACCGGUGGUAAUAAAGCGAUGCCAUACUGAACGUGAAAAAACUUGAUGGCGUUAGUUGUCACUGAGUUUAUUUUAGAUUUUUGACCCAGAAACAUAUUUCUCAAAAUGAAACCUUCAUAAUAUUAUAUGAUGUCCAACUUGAUUUUUUUUAAAUUUAUAUUACAGUUUGAAAGUCCAUAAUAAGAACCUUUAGAAGUUAAAUUUUUUGAGAUUAGCAGUAAACAGUCAAAUUUAAACUAAACAAAUUUGAUUAUAAUUUUUAUUUUGAAAUCUUCUUUCAUGGGUUAGCCAUUACUGCCUGCUCCGAACCUCUGUGCCUCUAAAAACCAUUUCUUCCUAGAAUGUCCUUGAUCACUUCUUCUCUUAUAUUGAAAUAUUAUCAGUAAAAGCUUGAUCAAAUCCUAAAUAAUUAUGUUUGAUUUAAUUUGUUUUGGCAAUAAAAAAUGUAUUUUUUA